UCAACCUAUUGUUAAGAACCUGAGGUCUAUUACGCAUUAAUGAAAAGAAUAUGGAAAUAAUGGUGUUUCUUUUUCCUCAGCUGAAUUUUUCUGCACAGAAAGAGGAACCUUACUUCAAAAUGCUCAGUCCUUCUGAUUGUCCGGUGAUAAAGAAAGAAAAUAAAACAAGGGUAAAGGAAAGAGAGAAGAACAGACUGAGCCUCCUACUGACGAAAUCAGGAUCUCAUGAAAAUGUCAACCCACAAUCCAUAAAAAGCCCAACGACUGCAAGCAUCAUCUCCCCUGUAGAGGCUUUGAAGUGGAGUGACUCUUUUGAGAAACUGCUUGCUAAUAAAGAUGGAUUGAACACCUUUACUACAUUCUUGAAGAGCCAGUUUAGUGAGGAGAACAUUGAAUUCUGGUUGGCCUGUGAGGACUUCAAGAAAAACAAAUCCACUAAACUGGCCUCUGAGGCUAAGCAGAUUUAUUCGGUUUACAUAGAAACAGAGGCUCCUAAAGCGGUGAACAUUGACUUUUCUACAAGCCAGAUUAUUAAACAGAAUGUUCAGAAUCCUACGCAGUCUUGCUUUGACACAGCCCAGAGCAUAAUCUACAGCUUAAUGAAAAAGGACUGUUAUCCAAGGUUUCUAAAGUCAGACAUCUAUUUGAAUCUGAUCCAGAACAAACCACCCAGCAACAACAUGUUCAGAAGAAGGUCACGAUCUUGUAUCUUCAAUGACCGCAUUGAAGCAGAAACUGACUUUGGAAUUUGGCUCUAAGAGCUCAAAUAUUCACCAUAUAUUUUAACUACACUGGCUAUAUUAUAUUAUACUGGAUAAACACAUACUAUUUGGAGAAUUAUUUUGAAACCUUUUCAAAGUACCAAACAGUAGCAUUUUGAACAGAAGGUUUAACCCUAAAAAGCAGUUUCUAAGUACAGUGGGAUCAUGCCACUACAAAUAAUUUGUUUUAGAAAAAUAUGCCUGCAUUCUAACUUGCCAUAUAAAGACUUCCUGUCAUUUUGUGAUGUGAUUCUGUCAAAAGGAUAGGGUGCAGAGAGGCACAUUCAGGUUCAGUGAUGCAGAAUCUGUUAUUCAUCUGUUAUUACCCUAAAAACAUCAAACAAGUUUGUCUUUUUUUUAGAAUAUAGUAUUACAUGUUCAUUAGGUUUGUUUGAGUAAUAUUUUGGAUUUAAAUUUGUCAAUGAAGGGGAAGAUGUUUUGUUACUGAAUUUAACUCAAAUCGCUGAUCUGGAAUAGCAAAAUUCCUGACAGGUAUGAAUAUGAAUUUGUAUUCGGGCUCUGCACUGCUUGCUUUGUAGCACAAAUCAAUGUGGAGGCCAGCAGUGGUCCAUCAGACACAUUCAGUAAUAAUCAGAAAUAAGAUUAUCCAUCCAAAAAUAUGUUUCAAGGGUCUAUACUUUAUGUUAGCCAGUUUUUAAAAUCUAAGACUGGGAUAUGACAUUUUUGAGAAAUAUUUUUGGAAUGUCACAUAGAUCACACUAAAAAAACCUAACAAAAACAAAAAUAAGUAUUAUUAUUACCAACCAGACAAAUAUCUAUGGCAUUUUGAACUACAAAUACAUGUAGUGAAGCAUGAUCUCUGCUUAAAUGUUUGCUCUAUACAUAUAUUAGUAUAAAUGCUUCAUUAAUAUUAAGUAAUAUUCAUAUUACAAGAGGCGUACAACUAAACAGAUAUCAGCAAUGCUUUCAUAAUGAAAUCUCAUAAUGCAAUUAUUUUUAACAUGUAAUUAAUGCUAAAAUAUGUCAAUGCUAUAAAUAAUAGAUUUUUUUUUAUUUUAUAAAGCUUUCAAAUUAAUUUAUUGCUAAUUGUAUAAGCAUUUUAAUGUUUCUAUUAAAUUAUUAUUGGUUAUAAACAAACCUUUCCAUAUUUUUCCAUUUGUCUUUUUCCAUAUGUACUGAGUCUAAUAAAUUAUCUUUGAAUGCAGAUAUGCAAUUUUGUUUUUGUGUAUGAAUAUAUAUAUAUAUAUAUAAAAUUGUGACAGAUUAGGGGGAGGAGAGGUAGUGGAGACACUACAUUCCCCAGAAUGCCACGGGAGUGGGCCAGGACGAGGCACACUUGGUUCUGAUUGAACAAGGGACACCUGCCUGUGAUUAGCAGGCAGGUAUAUGACAAACACAAAAUGUGUGUUUAGAGCAGUCUCCAAUCUGUGUGAGGAGAGAGGCUGUCACGGUAAAGAAACCUAUGUGGAUUUGUAAAGGUGGUGUGAAAACCUUUGUUUUUGUGUGUGUUUGAAGAAUUGUUUUAAUCUUAAAACGGCUUAGCCGCCCGAUUUUAGUUAGGAACAAAAAGUAAAAAGUUUAGUUAGAGCUCCAAAACUAAGGUUUUUGUUUUGUGUUGUUUUUAUUUCAGUUCUUCCAUUUCUGUAUAUAAUAAAAUUAUGCACGUAAGUGCUCAAAACAUUAA